UACUGGAUCAAUGAGUACACAUCAUCCCUAGGAAUUGGUGUCUUCCACUCUGGUAUUCAGGUGUAUGGUAGAGAAUUUGCGUAUGGAGGUCACCCAUAUCCAUUCUCCGGUGUCUUUGAAAUCACUCCUGGGGAUUCUACUGAACUGGGAGACACAUUUAAAUUCAAGGAAGCAAUAGCUUUGGGAAGCACAGAUUUCACAGAAAAUGACAUUGAAAAAAUAGUUGAAGAACUUGGGAAAGAAUUCAAAGGAAAUGCCUAUCAUCUUAUGCACAAAAAUUGCAACCAUUUCUCUUCAUCUCUGUCAGAGAUCCUCUGUGGCAAGGAGAUACCCCGUUGGGUUAACCGAUUGGCAUACUUUAGUUCCUGUGUUCCUUUUCUACAAAGCUGUCUACCGAAGGAAUGGUUGACUCCUGCUGCCCUCCAGUCUAGUGUCAGCCAGGAGCUGCAGGAAGAGCUGGAAGAAGCAGAGGAUGCAGCUGCCUCGGCCUCUGCUUCUACAACUAUAAUGCCCCGACCUGGACGCCACACUAAGUUAUAG